CCCAACUGGUUAUAAUUUCCUCGCUCAUUUAUUUUAUUUUUAAUUUUUGUUUAGUUCCCAAUUUUGUAUUAAUGAUUGGUUAAUGAAACUAUGGAUCAGUUGUACCUGGAGAUCGAGAUCAGUACUCGGAAAGAGACCACAAUCUACACCAGUGUGCAAUCGUUUUUGGCCUUGUUUACGUAUCAAUUUCUGAACAAACCAAAAAAUGUGCGGGUCAACUUCGUCGCCACCAAGAUUGAGGGCGGUAAAAUAGCUUUAAGGAGUUCCGAGUUGAAAAGAGAACUCACGGAUCAGCACAUCACGUGCAGGGAAGCCGCUUCCUUACCCGCCAUCCGGGAUUUAAAACUUCCGAUCUACGAGAAGGAUGGAAAUACCUAUAUUGCAGGAACCUGUGCUGUUUGCAGAGAACUUAUAUCCAGACAAUCAAGUGAUGAACUAAAGAAACUGUUGGGUUUUAAGGGCAGUUGCCUUUUGGCUCCAUCAGAAGCAUCGAUUUGGACCAAGUUUUGCGAGGUGGAUGUAGUGGAAGUGGUUGCUAAUCUUCACAACGGUCAAAUUCUGGAUUCGGUGCCUCCAGAAGUUGUGAGAUUCGAGCAGCAUAUGAACGAACCAGUGAGGAUGCACAACAUAUAUAAACAAGCCAGGGAACAAGCCAAUCAGACAGAGAAUGGCAUUAAAAUCAAGAGGAGGGAAAGGGUACAAAUCAAGUGCACCACGCCCAAGGAACAGCUUCUUAUUGAGCACCGAUUCGCCGAGGGCAUAAGCUUUACCAUUGCCGAUCUCAUCUUGUAUCCGCUUUUAACGAUUGUCUUCCAGCAUUGCGGGCAGAUGCUGCCCCAUUUUCCACUUACCAGUACUUGGUUUAGCGAGAUUGAUUCAUUUGAUGACAAGUGCGGCAGGAUCCUGAGAGACCUCUAUAUACCGGAGACAGUUAGGACUCCUCCUGGAGAGCUUGCCAUCCCCGACUGCGAGGCCACCAGUCUCUACAAGGCGGAUCCCAAGCGUUACAAGCCCAGGAACCGCAUCUACACCAGUCAGUCGGAAGUGGAAGCGGCCUUAGAAAAACUUUCCACGUUGCAACUGCAAUUCAGCUCGGACUCGGAGCACACCUACGGGCAGCAGCUCAUCGACUGGGAGCAGAUCGAGCCCACGCAUGCCAAGAGUUCAGCGUUGCCCAAAGAGCGACUCAACAGAAAGCGACAACAGCUGGAAAAUAUGGCUAACGCUGUGGUUUCCUUGGCUAAACCAGGAGACCGAAUCGUGGAUUUUUGCAGCGGCACAGGACACUUGGCCAUUCUGCUGGCCCUUAAACUGCCCAGGUGCACGAUUAUUGUGAUGGAAAACAAAGCUUUCUCCCUGCUCCAGGCUCAAAAGAGAACGGUCGAGCUGGGACUAACCAACUGUGUCUUCUACCAAUGCAAUAUCGAUUACUUUGUGGGAGAAUUCGAGAUCGGAGCUUCCCUGCACGCCUGCGGAACUGCCACAGAUAUUGUGUUGCAACAGUGCCGGAGGGCCAAGGCGCACUUUGUUUGCUGUCCUUGCUGCUACGGAUCCCUGCAACCCAUGCCGCACAUUUCUUAUCCCCUGAGUGAAGCUUUCCAGAAGGUUUUGAGCACCAAGGAUUACCUGUACAUUGCCCAUUCGGCGGAUCAGGCGCAUGAGAUGGGCACCACAAACUGCAAGCCGGAGACCACGCUGCAGGGACUCCUCUGCAUGUCAGUUGUGGACACCGACCGCCAGCUGCAGGCGGAGGAAGCUGGAUACCAGGUCAUCCUGACGCGGUUGAAACCAGAGCAGUGCACGCCAAAGAAUCACCUGCUAGUCGGACGUUUUGUUAAACAGAACUGAACUUACAUACUGCCACUGAUUUAAAAUAAAUGCAUUUUUAAUAUUUUUCAA